GUUCUGGCUGGCGGCGCUCGCCGGGCUCGGGGGCUGGGCACCGGGGGGAGCCGCGGGAACCUCCCGCCGCGCCUGGGCCGGGGCUGGAGCCGAGAACAGCCCGGGGCUGCAGUCCGAGGCCCCGGGCGCUGGCGGAGAGCGGUCCCCGGGGAUCCGGGCGUCUCUCCUCCCGGCGAGCUCCAGCCGAGCCCAGCCUCCAGCCCUUCCCCUGGCGAGCAGGAUGGGCCGCCCGGGCGAGCCGCUGCGACGAUCGCCGACCUGCUGUGCAGAAACGUUUGCCAUGUAAAGCUUCCCAGCCCCCACGUGCCCCGACGGACGCAGAUGUUGGUACGGACUCGGAGCUGCAGAACGGCCCCAUCAGCGUCUCCAGAGGGUAACAAGAAAGAACAGGUGUGUCUGCCAUUUUCCAGCCUAGUUACCAUCUCCACAAGGUGCAUGGGAGAAUGGUAGUGCGACCAUAAGAUCAUGCUCUACACAAUGACAUGUUGGCUUCCAGUCCUGGGCCUCCAUUGGAUUCUUCUGAGCACAGCCCCCGUGGAGGCCUGCCCGGCUCGCUGCGAGUGCGCUCCUCAGAUCAAGUCGGUGGUGUGCCAUCGCAAACGUCUCACCUCCAUCCCCGAGGGGAUCCCCACCGAGACCAAGGUUCUGGAGCUCAGCAAGAACCGGAUCCGCUGCCUGAACCCGGGGGACCUGUCCCCUUACCCUUUGCUGGAGGAACUCGAUUUAAGCGAGAACAUCAUCGUCAGUGUGGAGCCCGGAGCCUUCAGCAACCUGUUUCACCUUCAGAUCUUGCGGCUCCGAGGCAACCAACUUAAGCUGAUCCCUUCUGGAGUCUUCACCAAGCUGACCAAUCUCACCCUCCUGGACAUCAGCGAGAACAAAAUAGUCAUCCUGCUGGACUACACGUUCCAGGACCUGAGGAACCUGAAGAACCUGGAGGUGGGAGACAACGACUUGGUGUACAUCUCCCAACGGGCUUUCUCUGGCCUCCUAGGCCUGGAGCAGCUGACCAUAGAGAAAUGCAACCUGACGGCCAUCUCGGCCGAAUCCCUUUCCUACCUCCAAAACCUGGAGGUCCUACGGCUCCGACACCUCAGCAUCUCCGCGGUGGAAGAUGGGAACUUCAAGAAGCUCUACAAUCUCCUGCAGCUGGAGAUCGACAACUGGCCGCUGCUGGAGGACAUCUCGCCCACCGGCUUCCAGGGCCUAAACCUCACGUCGCUCUCCAUCACCUACACCAACAUCACGGCAGUGCCCACGGCCGCCUUGAGGAACCUGGUGUACCUCAUGUACCUGAACUUGUCUUAUAACCCCAUCAGCACUGUGCCCAAGGGCUCCUUCAAGGACCUCCUCAGGCUGCGAGAGCUCCACAUGGUGGGUGCCUUCCUGGUCUCCGUGGAGCCUCAAGCGUUUUCUGGCUUGAGGCAAAUCCGCCUCCUCAACCUCUCCAACAAUUUCCUCUCCACCCUGGAGGAGAGCACCUUCCAUUCAGUGAACACGCUGGAGACGCUGCGCGUGGACAGGAACCCGCUGGCCUGCGACUGCCGCCUCCUCUGGAUUCUACAGCGCCGCAAGACGCUCAACUUCGACGGGCAGCAGCCCAUGUGCUCCUCACCCCCUGAGAUCCAGGGCAACGCCCUGCGUGACUUCCCGGACUCCAUACUCUUUGAGUACUUCACCUGCCAAAAGCCCAAAAUCAGGGACCGAAAGUUGCAGCACAUAACAGCCCGUGAAGGGCAGUCUGUCUCCUUCCUCUGCCGUGCAGACGGAGAGCCCGUUCCUGCCAUCAUUUGGGUCUCCCCUCAGCACAGGAUGAUCACCACCAAGAGCACUGGGCGAGCCACCGUCUUGCCCGGGGGCACAUUGGAAAUCCGCUUUGCCCAGGUCCAAGACAGUGGCACCUACAUUUGCAUCGCUAGCAAUGCCGGAGGCAAUGACACCUACUUUGCCACCUUGACGGUCAAGGGGCAUCCCGUGGACGGCUCCCUUUAUGCAAACCGGACCUUGUACCUCAGCGAGUUCAACGACACCUUCCACAACAACACGCAAGUCUUCUUAAAGUUUACACUGGACCUCAAGACCAUCCUGGUCUCCACAGCCAUGGGCUGCAUCACCUUCCUUGGGGUCGUGCUCUUCUGCUUCCUGCUCCUCUUUGUGUGGAGCCGGGGGCGGGGACAGCACAAAAACAACUUCACCGUGGAAUACUCCUUCCGCAAAGUGGAUGGCCCCACCACCACCGCCGGGCAGGGCAGCGCCAGGAAGUUCAACAUGAAGAUGAUCUGAGCGGCUCCAGGAGGAGGGUGGUUCCUAGUCCACUGCCUGCCGCCAAAUGGGGCCCUCCAAGGGCCGGGCAGGGGGUCAGAGCAUCCUUCCUUUGUUUUCCAAGUGAGCACUUCGUCUCGUCAGGUGCGCUCCCCUGAGGGUCGAGGCAGUAAAACUCACGGCGGAACCUGGCUGGGACGUUGGCUCGAUUCGACCACAAGGGCUUGGAAGCGACUGGGAGGAGCGAGCGGUUUUCCUCAUUGGUCUUGCCACACAACUGAAUUGAGCAGAAGCAUCACUGGAAACGGCCCCAGGUGCCUCCCAGCGGCUUAUUCUCAUUUCUGAGCACACCCCACCUUCUUUGAGCUGUGAGACCCCCCAACGCCCAGGUCCCAGAGGGCAAACGCGGGCCAAGGAGGCAUGCACAGCCCUUGUGGGUCUGGGCCUCACAAUGGAGCUAACAUUCUUUUGUAUCAACUAUGCAUUUUCCAGACCAUGAGCAAGCAGCGUCUGGACCCGAAGAACCGGCUUCCUUUUUUAAGAGACGAUGUGGAACCCUUUCUCAGUUGUGGUUUAUGGUUCUUAUUUAAUUUGUUGGGAGGUGUUUUUUUUAAAUGAAUUUCCAACAGAAGUCUUCCUGUGCGACAAAGGACUCCCGCAGAGCAGAGCGAGGGCAGCUCCCGGCUGCCCCGGCAUGCGCGCCAACCGGCCUGGGCGGCUCGAUCCAACGCAGGGGAGGUGCUGUGCCUGGGACGAGUUCCUCUCAGCAUUCGGAAGAAGGGGAAGCCUCUGAAGCUUGCAAACCCCGACGCCCGGGGAGGGAUUGUCCUGCACAAGCAAUAAUAACCCAACCCGACAGUCCCUUCCGGCCGUACGGGUCUGUGCAGGCACGAAUGCCACCCCAUUGGCGCUGAGCGGUAUUUCACCAAAGCACGCUGGCGUUCGAAGCCAGAGACCAGGCUGCUGGUUGUGGCGGCAACAGAAACGGGAAGCGCAGUCCCUGUGAGUUAUGGCCAGGCCUCCGAAGGCUCCGAGCCUACCUAGCUGGCUCGCGUGUAUGCGUCUCUCCCGGGCUACAUAGGGCUCUCGUGUGCAUUCGCACAGGCUACCUGCUUUUAGGCUGGGCCUGGCAGCAAAUUCUGCCAUGUUGGCAGGAGGCUGGGAGCUCUUCCGGGGGAGAGCCCGUCCCUACAUCUCGAGAGGCGCGGACAAAAUCUCCACGGUAAAAAAUGACACCAUAUGGACUGUGUCUCUCGCUGCUGCUGGCCUCUCUGGUCUGUUCCAGCCCUGCUCUUCCCCCAGGCCCCACCCCCACCCCACCUCUUCCCUCGAGGCCACGCCCUCUUCCCACCCCUGCUCCGCCCCCCUCCCCUGAGGCCCCACCCCCACUCCACCUCUUUCCUCGAGGUCCCGCCCUCGCCCUGCCUCUUCCCGCCCCUGGCUCCGCCUCCUCCCCUGAGGCCCCACCCUCACUCCGCCACUUCCUGCCCACACUCCACCCCCUCCCCAAGGCCCCCGCCGUCUGCCACUCUCCACCCACCCCAAGCCCCUCCCCAAGCCACCAAACAGCUGUUCGGUGACGGCCACAUGGUGGAAAAGCUGUUGGGCAGUGGCACCCUGCAACAGCUGUGACUGGUGGGUGCUGAGCACCCAUUCUUUUUUUCCAUGGGUGCUCCAGUUCCAGAGCACCCACGGAGUCGGCGCCUGCCUGGGGAGAAGGAGGAGUCUCCCAUUCCUGUUCUCAGGGGAGCUGCUCCCAGAGGACAGCAGGGUGGAGCUGGGCACACAGUGGGGCGGGAUGAUGAGGAGUUGCUCUGGCUCCCCUGUGGGAAUGGAGGGUCCCUGUCCCCUGAGCCUGUUGGGGGUAGAGGCCCCAUCACCCAUCCUGGAUGAAAGGGGGAAUGUUUCAUCUGGCCAUGCAUCUAACUGCCCAGCCAAUUGUGCGGUUACCCAGUUUGCAUCUAUUACUAUGGCAACUGUGUGUACAAAUUAGGUGUGCGCUUGUGCGUGCCCUAAUGGGCAUGCACAAAUGCACGGGCAGUUUGGAGCCCCUGACUCUCUGAGAGGGCACCCCCAUAUCAAAAGAGGCCGCCACUAGUGGAAAAAGAGACGUCCUGACCUGUGCAGAGAGACAGCAAAUGAGCCAAACGCAUUGAAACAGAGAGUCCGACCCGCGCCGCAAGAGAGAGUGCCCGAGCUAUGCAAUCACAGCCCGAGCCAUGUGAAGAAAGGGUCACCCCAAAACCAGCUGGUCUUUUAUCCCAGUGAGCUCCAUUUAACCCACCAGCCGUCUGGUCCUUUGGCUUGCAAGCUCUGCAGGGCCUUCAGAGACCAGCGAGGCAGUGGAAAAACAACGCCAGAUGUUCGUGUGCCUGUAGGGCUGUAACAAGGUUGGAAAAUAAACAGCUAUUUAAACAAUAGCAUAACAAAGGCACGCGCCCCACACACACACACAACCCACAGAGAAACCCCCGUUAAGCUCAGCGGGGGGAGGCAAGUGACUAGCCCAGGUGGGCGUGAACUGGAUUCGGGGUUUGCCCAGGAUCUGUGGGUGUUUAACAGCCCCACAGAGCGAUGCUAAGGAGUGCCGGGACAGGCCCGGUGCUGCACCUCUUCCCCGCUGAAGGCCAUGUCUAAAGGGACAGCGUUUCUUUACAGCGCGGCUGGCUCCGCAAGCCCGGUUCAUCGGGAAGGUGCCGCUUCUGGCUCAUGGCCUUUUAGUACCCCUGCCCCUGGCUGUUUAUUGUCACGCAGAGCUGGCUGGAUAUCAGUCACUGGCCACAUUACUCAUCCCAUAAUGUACCCAGCAAAAUCAUUCUGCUGGCUGGCUCUACUAUUAGUCAUUUGGAAGGAAGUGUUGCCUAGUGGUUAGAACAGCGUGGGCGCCCCAGCGCCCCUGUCUGACCCCAGGGCAAGCCAUGUCCCCACUCGUGUGCCUCAUUUUACUCAUAUGUAAUAAUCCCUGCUUAUUAAUACUAAUUCAGCCCUUACAGAGCAGCUCGUAGGGUGCUGUGUGAACCUUAAUUCAUGAGUUAGUGUUUGCAAAGCUCUUUGAGCUCCAUGGAGGAAAGGCCCAAAAUAAGAGCAUUAUAAAUAACAUACUGGUUAGUAUGUGCAGGCACAGCACUGUCCUCUACUGGAUGGAAUCAGAACUGCUCCACUGAGUGUCAUAGGCCCUAUACUGCUAAUGGAGAUUUGCAUUUAGCUUCAGUGGCGGGAGCAGCUGGGGUCUAUCUCUGCUGCGGUCUGAAGGCUUAAGUAGAGCUGUGCAAAUAAUGGAUUUGUGGGUUUUUUGGUUCACUGGCAGUUCUGAAUUGAGGGGGGGGGAUUAAUUUCAAAUCAAACCAAAAGCAAAAUUUUCAAAAAUUGCACCAAAUCAAAAAGGCAAAAAACAUGUUUUGGGUCAAAACAAAACAUUUCAUUUCGACUGUGCGAGGGUUUUUGUGUUUGUUUUUUUACUUUUUAAUCCAUUUUAAGGCAGUUUUCGAACAAAGCGUCAUUUUGAACUGAAAAGGUUAACCCUUUUGACUGUUGCUGAAUUUUUCCCCCCAACACAAUCUAACUACGUGCUUUGGUGUGGCCAAAUCUGCAUUCCCACACACACACACACACACACACACACGAAAAAAAAUGUUUUGGCUGAAAAGUUUCAUUCAGUGCUAAUCUUAAGUAGCCCCAACAUGCAGCAUCAGGAGACGUAUUUAUCCGCUCUGAUGGUUUUAUCCCCAUUGGAAGUCCCAGGCCUCCUCGUUCGGUGGUAUCAUUUUCCCCCCCCAGCAACUGACGGUGUUGCCACAGACAGAACAGCCUCACUUCACAUGGGGCAUGAGCAGCGGGAGCAGGCGGCAAAGGUCCGGAAUGCGUGCAGGGCUGGUGCAAGGAUGUUUCGUGCCGUAGGCGAAACUUCCACUUUGUGCCCCCCCCCCCCAGCCCUGCAGCAGCUCCCUGUCCCCUCCUCCUCCCUGAGGCGCCGCCCCCCCCGUCUGCCCUGAGGUACCCCCCCGCAGCAGUUCCCCCCCCGGGGAGCCGUGCGGCAGCUCCCGACCCCAGCUCACCUCUGCUCCGCCUCCUCCCCGAGCACGCCACCCCUGCUCUAAUUCUCCUCCCCUCCCAGGUUUGCGGUGCCAAACAGCUGAUUGGCGCUGGGAGGCAGGAGACGUGGAGCGGCGACCGCACGCUCGGGGAGGGGGCGUUGGAACGCUGUAAAAAAAAAUUGGGGGCACCGCUUUUUGGGGCCCCAAAUCUUGGCGCCCUAGGCAACCGCCUAGUUUGCCUGAAUGGUAACACCGGCCCUGAAUGCAUGCCAAGACCGUGAAGAACAAGGAAGGGGGGGGGAAUAUAGAGCUGAUGGGACUGGUCAUGCCGCUUUGAAGUCAACAGCACCCCAGGCAUCAGAGGAAGCAGGACUGGGCCCAGAAUCCCAUGAGUCAUCUGUGCAAUAUUCGUCAGUUUCACUUUGCAGAGUUCAUGCAGAUUUUGUCUUUGAUUCCCAUCCAGAGAGAAUCCACCACGCAGCGCAGCCAAUGGUUGCUCCCUCCCAUGCUCACUGAGGGAAGAGGGGAUGGAGGACUGGGGCCCAUCUCUUCAUUUGUUUUGAAAUCAUGUCAUUUCCACUGUUUUUUUUUUUUUUUUUUUUUUUUUGAAAAAAUGGAAGAAUAAAGACGUCAAAUCUUUUAGAGCAAAUUUGCAAACCUGGGUACUCCCCACUGAGGCAGCUACCCCCCCCCGAGCCAGGGGCUGUGCAUGGCACUGGGGAAUCUCCGCUCCCUCUGUUGCUGCAGAUGCAGCACUACAACUCAUCUGGCCCAUUAUAUGUGCAUUGCACUAUGCAGACCUUGCACAAUCGUUUUCACAAGCAUGGGCCCAUGCAAACCAUUCCUAAGGGCAGCAGGAGUCACCAUGAACGGGACUGGGGGGUCAGGCGCCGUGGGUUGUUGGUGGGUGACCUUGGUGAACGCGUGUCCCCUCUGUAUGUGUGUCAGUUCUGCCUCUGGGACCCAGGGAUCAUGCCCCGUAUCUGGGAGAAGCAGAACUGCUUGCAUGUUUGGGACUGAAUUUUGUAAUGGCUGUUGGAGAAAACCAAAGAUCGUGGCUUGUCUGUGCAUCGCGGGCACAAUAACAGGACAACAGGUCUCCUCGGGCCAUCGCCUCCGUCCAGUAGCUGAAGUGCGGAGUGGUGUUAUCAGUACAUUCAGCCCCAUGAAUGGCUCCUGGAGGAGGUGUUAACAAAGCCCAUGAUAAAUUGUAGGCAUAAAUAUACAUGCAAAUGAACACACAUGCGUGGCAUACAGAUACCAGCCCCUGUGCGAGUGCCCGCUCCUAUCCCAGCUGCUCUGUAUCAAGCACCUCAGGAGAUUCUAUCCUUCCCCCCCGCCCCCCAUCACGGACUUGCUCUGCCAGCGUUCCCACGAGAGAUGUUGGUUUCUUGGCUCCCCUGGGGGAUUAAAACAGGUCUCGGAUGCUGAGGCGCCCCCAGGAAGGGGACUGGGAGGCCUGACUCCUCUCCCCUGGGGCAGGUGGGCGGCUUUUUGGGGGGCCCCCCUUUAUUUUCACGGGUUUUUUCCCUCUCCCCUUCCUCUUAAGCCCUUAUGUGUUCACUCUGGGUGCUGCGUCCCCUCAGGCAGCGGCAGCAGGACUAGGCCGUGCCAUACACGCCUGCCCGGCAGCAGCUACCCCAGCGGCAAGGCCUGGGCAUGGGAAGGCGGCCCUCCGAACUGACUCCGCCCCUCCCACCCAGACCGGAGUAGGUCAGGGCGGGCAGCAGACCCCAGCCCUGCGUGCCCAGGGGCACAGGGACCCUGCCUGGAUGUGAUUUUGUGAAUGCGUUCUAGGCACAAGAGGUUUGACAAUUUAAUCCUAAAAGGCCAUAGAGACACAGGGCCAAAUUCCUUCCUGGAUGAAAUCCACUGGCCUCAGUGAAGUUACAGCGGGGAUGAAUCUGCCCAUUAACAUAGCCCACACAGAGGCUAUUAUGGAACCCGAAAGGGUCACAACAGAGAUUGAGGUCAAACCAAAGACUGGUUCAUCGGAGACACUGAAAGCAGAGAUGGACAAGACCUAACUAGGUCAUCUAGUCUAUCUCUUGCACCCUGUGGGCUAUAGGGGGUCUCCUCUCCAGCGCUUUGGUCAACCCCAGUUCAAACGACCCAAGCAUUGUGGUUUCUGUCCCCUGCCUGGGGAGCCUGUGUGUUCCCUGUGUCCCGUUCCACCCUGCCUCUCCCCGUGCUGCCCCAGGGGCGAGGAAGGUCAGGAAGGGGAACCAGCCCUGAAGAGCGCCCACAAGCGGCUGGAAAGGCAGCCAUCACUAGGACCUGGAAAGAGAUGGGAAUAUGGGGGAUUGCUCCGCGAUCCAGCAACUGCUCUCUGGGACCACGUCCUUCCCCAGUGCCUGCAGUCCUCGGAGGAUGGGACAUCAGCGUCAGACCCUCCCAAAGGCAAGCGGGAUCCACCUUCAGACUGUCCCAAAUGACUUACCCCUUUAGAAAUUAAAUAUUCCACCUCGGUAUGUGAUGCUUUGUCAUCGUCCCUCUCUGGGGCUUGCCCUGACACCAGGGGCAAGCCCGCGUCUCUGCUGAGUCCAUAUGGCCUGCAGCCAGUUAGCAAAGAGGCGACCCGCAGAGCUGGGCGGGUGGUGGGGGGGCGACUUCAGCUGCCAGCACAGUGGCAUGGAACUGGUCAGGGGGAUCAUCCCCAGUUACAACCAGCAGCUCCCACCCUCCACGUAGCCACAUCACCCCCUACUCAGCCGCUGCCUGCAGGCACCCGGGAUGCUGGGGCACCCGUUUGAGAGGCUCCGUGGCCCAGCCUGGAUUCAGAAGUGUGGGGCAGGGAGGGAAUUCCCUCCCAGGGAUGGGGCUGGGACUGACUGGCAGAAGACAUGAAUGAGCUGGCCGUGCCAUGCAGCUGCAUGGGUCACAUAUGCCCCAGGCUACCACAGCGAGUGGGAGCCGCUCGAUCAAUCUCCCCCUGGCCACGCCACCUGUUCACACCCGCAGCCCCAAUGGCCUCACCACAGGCAGCAGCCCCCAGCUACCAACAUACCCAUGUCACAGUGACACGCAGAACAUUGGGGGCUGACCCCGCACCCACAAUGAAUUGGGGGCAGCGCCCAAACAUUGCGGCUCGAGUCCCUCUCUGCAAGGGUCUAAUGAGAACGCCCCAUCCAAGCUGUGACAUUCAGCUCCUACCCCACAGCUGCCCGCCUCCCCUCUGAUGUCAAUGCGUCUUUCUUUCCUUGGCCCCUUAGUCUGGUCAGCACUAUUCAGCCCCUGCUGAAGAUGCCAACGUGCCUGCCCUUGGACUGCCAGCGGCUGGGAGCCACCUGCAAGCUUUUCCUCCCCACCUAGCCCACCACUGCGCCCGCCUCCAGCCCACGCUCACCUGACCCUACCCCAGAGAGCUAUGCAUGCCAUGUUGUGUCAGGAGCCCCAGUGGAAUCGUCCGCGCAGCUAGCAAGUCCAUGUUCAGCGUCUGGGGCUUUUAGGGGAGGGGAUGAAAACCUAAGAGCUGGGAAGCCCCGGGUGGUUCCUAUGGAAAGCCUUGUGCGCACGGAACAUGCACCGUUUUCUAUGUAACAAGCAUGUGAAAUAUACCUGAGAAAAGCAA